AUGCAAGCGCUGCUGCUGUCCCGGCGGCUGCUGUCUCCGCUGCCGUGUUUGCUGCGUCCGUGGGGCGCUGCUGCUGCUGCUGCAGCCCUCAGCAGCAGCAGCAGCAGCAGCAGCAGCAGCAGCAGCAGCAGCAGCAGCAGGAGGCGCAGCGGGUCGAUUCUGGGGUCGUUUUGCGCCGUUUUUUCGCAGCAGCAGCAGCAGCAGCAGCAGCAGCGGCGGCCCUACCUGCACUUCUCGCGGGCGCUCCCCGAAGACUUCGAACUGCCCCUCGAAACUCUUCCGGAAGAUCUCCAUUUGCUGCUGCAGUCCAACCCGCAGCAAAUGGACUUCUUCCAAAACUACUGGUAUUGGCGGCUGCGGGCCGAGGCCGCGCUGCUCGACCCGCAGCAGCUGCCGCGCAAGUCUUACAAGCAGCUGGCGCGCGACAUGGGGCUCCAGGAAAGUCUUUUUUCUCCGCCAUUUCGAGGACUUUUUGUCUCCUUUUUCGCGAAACUUAUUGUGACCGAAGAAAACCAACACAUGGUGGGCCUUUUGGAGCUUUACGAAUAUCUCAAAACCGCCCCUUUUGUGGGCCCUUUUGGAACAACUCAAAACCCUGUUUUAGUGCCUUCAGUCCACACCGAAAGGUAA